ACACAGAAAAGGGGUCCAGGAACAGGAGCACGGGGCCUUGCGAGUAAAUGGUGGGGUGAAUUGAACUAAAGUGAUCGUUAGUAGGUUACUAGGACGUGAGUCGAAGCGGAAACGAGUUCCUCUUGCUUAUCCAGUCAGUCUUCGUCGGUCUCAAAAGUUACUUUAUUGUAAAGUCACUGACUAAAAUUUUUUUUAUUUUGAUGAUGCGGGACUGAAUUUUGUUGAAAUUAUCAAACAUAGUGAUCAUUUAUUUAAUACUUUAUCAUAAUUCGAAAGAGAAUCAAAAUUAAUUUAAAUCUUCUGUUAAGUGAAAAAAGCAGCACGUGUUCAAAUUAUAGACGAUGGAUAAGACGCGAUCGAGUAUGCGGGAGAAGGUUCUAUUAGUUUCACUGUCCUUCUUUUUGUUAAAUGUAAAAGGAGAGACUCCAUUAGUUGAUAGCAGUACUCUUCCUUUGGAACAUAGAUCAGUCUACGGUCCACCAUCAAAUUUCGGAUCUUCAUUAUCACAUGGAGCAGAAGAAAAUUGGCCCUUAGCAUCCCCUGAUACACCUCAAAUUAAACAUUUACAAGUACAGUGUGAAAAAACUCAUAUGCGAGUUAAUAUUGAAUUUGACCGACCAUUCUAUGGUAUGAUCUUUAGUAAAGGAUUUUACUCUGAUAACCAUUGUGUUCACUUAAAACCUGGAACAGGGCACCUAAGUGCAACAUUCGAAAUUUUUCUUAAUUCAUGUGGAAUGAGUUCUUCAGGUAAUCAUAAUUUAGCUGCAUAUGGUGCUCCAACUCCAUCUGGAAGUUAUGUGGAAAACACAAUAAUUGUACAAUAUGAUCCAUAUGUUCAAGAAGUUUGGGAUCAAGCCAGAAAAUUGCGCUGUACUUGGUAUGAUUUUUAUGAAAAAGCAGUUACUUUCAGACCUUUUCAAGUCGACAUGUUGCAUGCAGUUACUGCUAAUUUCUUAGGUGAUAAUUUGCAAUGUUGGAUGCAAAUUCAAGUUGGUAAAGGACCUUGGGCAUCAGAAGUAUCAGGAAUAGUUAAAAUUGGCCAGACAAUGACAAUGGUACUUGCAAUUAAAGACGAUGAAAAUAAGUUCGACAUGCUUGUAAGAAAUUGUGUUGCUCAUGAUGGAAAGAGAGCACCCAUUCAACUUGUGGAUCAGUACGGUUGUGUUGUAAGACCAAAGAUUAUGUCCAGAUUCCAGAAAAUUAAAAACUUUGGUCCAAGUGCAUCCGUUGUAAGCUUUGCCUACUUUCAAGCUUUUAAAUUUCCGGAUAGCAUGAAUGUCCAUUUUCAAUGUGUAAUUCAAGUAUGUCGUUAUAACUGUCCAGAACCCAAAUGUGGUCAUUUAGGAAUUGAGUAUGGCGGACAAGUUGCAGGUAUCCCGCAUGAUUAUGGAACAUCAGUACGACAAGGACUUUCCUCUGAAUAUGGAUCACCACCGGUACCUGAAUAUGGUGUUCCUCCUGCAUAUCCUGAUCCACGUCAUCCAAGUGGACCAGCAGGAGCAUACAGCGAACCUAGUCCUGACAUAGUGCCAGUCCCUCAAGCGCAAACUUCUUCUUCGUCAACCAUUUCUACGCCAGGAGAUGUAACUGCAAGUAGUUCUCCCCGCAGUACUCAAGAUAUUAUUCAUUUGCCACCACCUCCAUUACCAGGACACCCAACAGGAGUUUACCAUACCGUAAAAAGAAAAGGAACAGUUGGUUCUGAGGAGCAAGAAGGUAAUUUAGUAACUCUUGGAGGACGACCUAGAUCGGUUGAAGGACUUCCGAUAGAAUUAAGAGGUGCAAGGAAGCGAAGAGAUGUAAAAGAGAAUUAUAUUUCAGACGAAUUUCUCAUGUUAACAUACGAUACACCGCAUGUUAAUAAACGAGCUGCUCAAGAAAUGACAGAUGUAAAUACAUCUCGAACAAUUCAAGUCGUCGCCCCGGGUGAUGUAAAUUUUGCCUUAGGUGCAUCAAACCCCAUUAACGACACCACAGUUGUGAUACAAAACUCAUCUACAGAUUCGGAAUCUAUUUGUAUGUCACUAGCAGGCUUCGUAGGAGGCUUAGUUAUGCUUCUGUUAGUAGUAGUUGUCGCAUCUCUAGUGGCAGCUUUUCUAUUUGUUCGGGUGAAAGCCAUUGAUCGAAAAAAUUCAAGUAUGAAUAGCAUGAACUAUGUACAUACAGCAUAUCUUUCUGAAAAACCUGAAAUUGUGAAAGUUGCUAAUUAAAGAAAUUAUAACUUUUGAUAAAGAAAAGCGUCAAAUAAAAAGAAGUAGAAAAUUUAAUAAAAUAUGCCUGUUACAUCCGCAAUUGCAUCUGUAAGAUAAAAGCAAGGGAAAGGAGCUCAUUAAUAGCAAAGAAUUGUUGGAUACAAUGUAUUCUUUAAGUCUAGUAUGCAGAUUUCAUAUUUCAUUUAAUAUAACCUUAAUUUGUUUUCAAAAGUAGACAAAUGAAAGAAGACUUUCACUAAAACUUGUUAUUCAGCUUCGAUGUUUGAAAGUUUGAUGGAUUCUUGCUGAGGCAUUUGUGGUUUUUUGAGAGUUGUUCUUUUUGAGGCUUAAAAUAAACGAUUUUAAAAUUUUUUAUAUAACUUUUAAUAUCUAGAUGUACCAAAUUUUUCAAAUAGUGAAAGGUUCUAGCCUCAAAAAAUAGAACAUUCCUAUGGGUUGCCUAGACGUAUCCGCAAAUUAGGAAUUUUAUUACGAACUAGUAUUUACAUACUGUUUUUUCCUUUCAUUUUUUUGUUCUCAGUUUAAUAAUUAGAAUCAACGAAAUGUUAAAGUUUACAAAAUUCACUAAACUAUUUUCUUCUACAUUCAAAUAGUCAGUAUACUUUCUUUCAUUGUGUUAAAUAUUAUAAAUUAAUAAUAUGAUCUAUACUUAAUUUUUAUUCUAUUCUUAUCAAAAAUUCUGAAGAAUUUUAAGUUUAAUUUUAUAACUAAUUUUAGUUUGUAACAAAUUUCUGUCAGUGUAAAAUUUCAGACUAUUAACGUAGGAACCGAAAUGUACGUAAAUUUCUACAGCCAUAAUACUUGCAAGUUUUCUGGCAAAUAAUAACUAAAGAAUGUUAUUUUUAAUUAAUGAAACUACAGAAUUUAAAAAUUUAUUAAAUUUGUGGGAUUAAAUGCAUGUGAGAGUUCGUGUACCUGAACAUAAAAGUUGCACUUCCUUGCACAGCAGUAUAGAUCGGGUUGGAUCCGAGCAAGAAUAACACCCCGUCGCAGUGUGUGGUUGGAAAAGAGUUAAUCAAAAUUACCAAUAUUUUUUAAAUAAAAAAUUUAAAUUUUCUAAAUUCAAUAUUACACAUUUGAAACUUGUAUUUUUGAUAUCUUUAUCACCUAACGAUUUCAACGAUAUAUUAUUUGCCCUAAACCCUACUAAAAAUCCCUGUACAAGAUCUUAUGUAAGAAAAUGUACAUGUUCAGCAGCUGAACUCCCACACAGCACCAAAAAUUCCCCGACGAUUAUUUCAAUGUUUAAAGGUUAACUUGGGAGUAUUGAAUCGUCGGGUUCAGAAAAGAUUAUUUAAAUAUUAAAAUGUCCGCAUGUCAACAAAUGUUUAACGCGAAAGUUGGCUGAUUAUGUAAAUUAUAGUUUCGUUAAAGGUUUAAAAUGAUAAUAAUAAUUAAAUAUUUAGUUAUUUUAUUUAUUCUACUUAUAAUUAUAUUAAUUUAUCCUUUUUUAUAUGUGACAACUAUUAUUUAAACAAUAAUUAAAUUUAUUUUUUUAAAAAUAUUUUUGCCUAGUAUAAACAUUCAAUGAAUCUUCGGAGAAUUUUCGAAGCUGUGUGGACUUGUACCAAUUCUGAUGACAAAAUGUACAAAAAAAAUGCUCAAUUUCGGCAGCAGAAUUUGGAAAAAGUUCUUGUAUCAGAACUCUUACAACAUCUUGCACAACUCUCACAGCACCGUUUAUUUCAGGAUAUCCAACAGCUUUUGGCGAUUUGGUUAUCCGUAGGAUGUCCUCAGCACUGAAAAAAUUUAAGAAUGAUGCUGUCUUUAUGAGAGAGAGCAACGCUCUCUGUCGAGGGUUAACUGUAGCUCGAAUAAGGGCGAGCUGCUGCUCUUUGGCGAGUAGCUGUUGUCCUUUUUUUAGGGGCACUUGUCGACAACAACUCUCUCUACAAAGACAGCAGUGUUCCUUUAAUUUUUUCAGUGAGGAUAUCCUAACCACCGCAAGCCGAUGUAUAUCUCUAGGACGUCCCUUGGAUAUCCUCAAAUGUGCUGUGAGGAAAGAUCUUCUACAAGAAAAUAUAAUUAAUAUUUGUAUACAAGAAAAUGUACAUGUUCUUGUUCAUAUUUUUGUGCAGGUUCAUUACUACACAUGAAAACUUACUUACACAUGAAACUGUUUAUGUUCUUGUACAAGUAAAUUUGGAAAAAAUUUAAGAGUUUAAUAAUUUAUAAUUAUUAAAACUCUUCACUUAUGCACGCUAAAAAUUAUUGCGCAGCCUUUAAAGUUUUUAAUUUUUACUAAACGAAGACAUAAACGAACCUAUACAAGAAUAUGAACAAGAACAUGUACAUUUCCUUGUACAGGGAUUCUCAGGAGGGAAUGUAUGCUUACAAAUUUAUUAAUGUAGAUAAAUUUGUAAAAUUUAAUUAAAAACUGUAUACGCUUAAAAUGCAUACUGUUAAACUGUGUACAAAAAAACUGCACACGAAUUAAAAUAUUAAUAUUUUAUUUAAAAAAUUCUUACCGAUUAAACUGCAUACAAUAAAAGAUCCAAAAAAUUAAUAUUAAUUUUAUUAAAAAAUUAUAUAUGAUUAAAUUGCAUACCGUUAAACUGCACACAAAUCAACUCUAUAUAUAGCCAAAUUUAAUCUUUAUUUAAUUUGUGGGAUCUUUUGCUGUAUGCAGUUUAACCGUGUGCAGUUUAGUAGUAAAUAAUUUUUUAAUUCAAAAAAUAUUAAUUUAUUUCUUGUACAGUUUUGCUGUAUGCAGUUUAACGGUGCGCAUUUUAAUUGUAUUUAGUUUAUAAUUUUAAUUUAAAAAAUUUUUUUUUAAAUAACUCGUAUGCAGUUUAGUGUGUGUAGUUUUCCUGUUAGCAGUUCAAUUGUGGGCAACUUCAACCGCCCCUUUUAUUCAUUUAGGGCAAAUAAUAAUGUGACGUUCUACGGUAAAAGGGACCUUAGCUACAAAAGAUGAAUUUUGCAGGAAAUGCGUUUAAAGUGAAGCGUGUCUGAUUGGUUGAAACGCUCCAUCGACAUUCAACCCUACAAAAAAAAAACAAAAAAAAAACGAACAAAAAACAAACGAACCAUUUUAGCACCAAACUGCUUUAUCCUUUAAUAGUAUGUAACUUCAUUGACCUAUUAAAGAGUGAAAUAAUGCUUUUUUAGUUUAAAGUAAGUCCAUCUCUGGCGGAUUGUGUAAACCGAGUAUUUGACUGAGCUUGAUCAAGUUUCGGUUCGUGUGGGUUUGAGGCAAUAUAUUCCAAAAAAUAAUUGAAAUAUUGGUAAAAUUGCUAUUAGGAAGUAAUAAUUAAUGUUUUCUGAGUCGAUUUAUGCAAUAUUAUUGGAUAAUUAAGCUCUUAUUAUUGAAUAAUUAAUUUUUUUAAAGAAGAAGUUUACCUGCCAUGGUAUACUCUAUUCUGUGAUUUAAACAAUAAACUAGUACUAAAUAAUUAAAUAAAUAAUAUAUAAAAAUUUUUUGUUGUAACCUUAAUAUAUGCAUAUUACCGACAUAAUACACGCGUUGAUCAGUAGAUGUCCCACAAAAACACUUUGUGAAUUUUUUUUUCUGUUACUUUGCGGUUUAAAAAAAAUUCAAGGAUUCCCUAAACAUUUUAUAAAAUAAAAAUAUUUUACAUAAUUUUUAAAUUUUUAUGUCAAAAUUAUAAAAAAUUAUGUAAAAUACUUUUAUUAGUUUAAUUUUUUAAGAAAUAUUUUUUUAACUCAUAAUUUUUUUAUUUAAACAAAAUUAUGUCAAAGUAAAACAAAAAUGUAGCAUAAAAAAAUAAAAAAUUUAAAAGAAAUUACACAUUCAACAUUGUAGUUUUGAAGUUAAACAAAUUUUUAAAUAAAAGUCGUUUUUCAGUUUUUCAAAAUAUUAAGGUUUGUUGGCCACUUUGAUGACAUUAUUUUUUAGAACUAAUAAUUAAUCAAAAUCAAAAAAGGGUAAAGAUUGCGUGACGUAUUAUGUGCACAACCCCAAAGAUAAAAAUUCAUUUUUCUCAAUUGACGUACUGAUCAAUUUUAUCAAAAAAACUUAUUCCUUAUUGCUUCCAAUUGUAGGCAAACAAUUUUUACAAUGUUUUCGGAAUUUUUUAAAAUAUUUUGAAUUUUUAAAUAAUUAUUUUGGUUUAUUAUACUACGUACUUUUAUGUAUUUUGAUGCAGUGAUUGCGAAAAUCAUAGUGACAAUACCCGAAAAUUUGAUUUUUAUGGUGAAAACCAUUAAAAAAAAGUCCUAAAAAUUAUGGUUUUUAACGUUUAUUGUGUAAAAAAUGAAAAAUUUUUAAAAAGUGCAAAAAAUACAAAUUAUGUAUUUUAAUGAGACCUAUAACUUUUGUCUAAAAGUUUUUUUUAUUUUUCCAUAUUUUACCCUAUAAUAAUAAUAAAAAAUUUUUAUUAGUUGAAUUUUUUAAGAAAUAUUUUUUUUUAUUAAAAACUAAUCAUUUUUUAAUUUAAACAAAAUUAUUUUUGUAGUCUCAAAAAAAUUAUUUUAUAAAAUAUUAAGGGUAUCCUUGAAUUUUUUUUAAACCGCAAAGUGACAGAAAAAAAAUUCACAAAGUGUUUUUGAGGGCCAUCUACUGAUCAACACGUGUAUUACGUCGGUAAUAUGCAUAUAUUAAGGUUACAACAAAAAAUUUUUAUAUAAUAUUUAUUUCAUUAGUUAGUACUAGUUUAUUGUAUAAAUAACAAAAAUAAUUAAUAUUAAUUCAAUAGAAAAAAAGUUAAUUUUCUGUCAUUUUCCUUUUUUUCAAUCACAAAAUAGAGUAUACUAUGACAGGUAAAUAUACUACUCUUUAAAAAAGUUAAUUAUUUAAUAAUAAGAGCUUAAUUAUUCAAUAAUUUUGCGUAAAUCGUCUCAGAAAACAUUAAUUUUUAAUUCCUAAUAGCAAUUUUACCAAUAUUUCAAUUAUUUUUUGCAAUAUAUUGCCUCAAACCCAAACGAACCGAAACUUGACCGACUUACUUUAAACUAAAAAAGCAUUAUUUCAUGCUUUAAUAGGUAAACGAAGUUACAUCCAAUAAAGGAUAAAUCAGUUUGGUGCUAAAAUAGUUCAUUUGUUGUUCAUGUGUUACUAAUAACACAUGAGCAGUCCAUUCGAAUAUAGCAGACACAACCUUACGUAUAUUGCAAGAAAUUCAUACCGAUUUUUUAUGGCUUUCGAGCAAUACUAGCACAAGCUGUAAAAUAUUAGCACAAGCCUUUGCGAUAUUAGCAAACGAAGCUUAUGAGAAAAGCGCACGCGUAAGUCUUGUGAGAUAAUCGUAACAGAUUUCUCUCCGCGUACUACUACAUAAAUAUAUAAAACCAAAAGCCGAUGUUGCCCGAAUGGAGAGCAACAUACAUAUGUGCCAAGUGUAGUCCUUUGGGAAGAGGAGGAGAUAGUUUUCAUAACUGACUUACAGCUGACAUCGCGAAAAGGAAAAUUGGUUGGUAUUAAAAACUUAAAAUUAAAAUAUUUUCACCUAAGAUCACUUUCACCGUAGAGCGUCACAUAAUUAUAUCGUUGAAAUCGUCAGGAGAUGGAGAUAUCAAAAAUACAAGUUUAAAAUGUGGAAUAUUGAAAUUAGAAAAUUAAAAUUUUUUAUUUAAAAAGCAAGUAAUUUUGAUUAACCCUUUUUUAACCACACACUGCGACGGGGUGUCCUUUACUCGGAUCCAACCCGAGCUACUGGUGUGAAUGGGAAAAUCCAUGUACACGAACCCUUACAUGCGCUUAAGCCCAUUUAGAUAUUUAGAAUGGGUUUACCAAUUUCAGUUAAGUACUUAAUCCACAGUUAGUCCUAAAAAACUUAAUUUUUAAUUGUCAUUUUUAAUUGAAUUGAUCAACUUUUAACCGAAAUCGGUUAAACUUGUUUUUAAAUUAAGUUGAUCCUUUUUAUGUUUUCUGCGCCGUUAAAAGAAACCGUAUAAGAAUGAAAAUUUAUUUUACCGUAAAAUAAAAUGAGUCAUAUGUAUAUAAUUUGUUGAUGUUACAAAUGUGAAAAUUACGAAAACAAUACUGCGUUAAGAUAAAAAAUUGAACAUCAAUUUUAACUUGUCGAUUAUAUUAUUCGUUAGUUUUAUAUUAAUUAAUUUAUUGUGAAUUGUUGAUUCAAGUUGUACAGAAUAUAAAGUAAAGUCCAUUAAUUGUAAGUUACUUUUUUUAAUUACAAAUAUUGUCAUAUAAGUAGUAGUGUAAAUAUGUAAUUUAUUUUAUAUGCUUUUUGGGAAUUUUAUAAUUGCAGCAUGUUCCAAAACAGUGCAUUAUUCUAUAAUUUCAUAAUUUAAUUUUAUUAUUUAUUUAUUAUUUUAUAAUUUUUUAUCCCGCAGACACAAACAUGGUACUGUCAAGAAGCUGCUGACAGGGAAUAGAGCUUCUUAUUUGUUCGACCUGUUUGAUAAAGGCGACCACUUUUUCUCUAGCACAGUAGAAAACAAUAAUUCAGCAUAAACAUUUCGCAUUAAGGAAAAACACUGACAGAAUUCGGUUUUCUGACUGAACCGUAUUGGGACGUUCCCCCGAAUUAUAUCUGCCCGUGUAGUUGUAUUAAUGUAUUAUAUUGUUUUUGUAGCUUGAAAGAUGUCUAUUGUGAAAACGAAAUAAUAGAAAAUUCUAUAAAAGAGUGAAAAAAUGUGACAUAUAUUACUGGAUUUAUGAUAUAGCUAAUCGACUUAUAUGAUAACUUUACCAUACUAGUCAGUGUUUUAAGUUGAGCACACUGACUCAUAUGGUUAAAAAUUACCAUCUGAUUUGGUAAAUCCAGUCAUGCGUUUCACAUUUCAUUCUUUUCACUUUUUAAUAAAAUUUUUAAUUAAUUUAAUUUAAUAAAAUUUCUAUUUUUGGAAAAUCGAAAAUUAUCACCAAUACAAAGCUUAAGGAAGCAAAACUAGAAAAAAUUGACUCCCUUUUUAAUACAAGUCGAACAAAUAAAUGACUUCUACCCCCUACUACUAUCUAUCAGAAAUCGACACGUUUAGGCCUUUGGAAUAAAAAUUAUCGAAGUUAAUAAGAACUUAAGGAUUACGCUCAUUGUUGCUUUAUAUACUAUUAUUUUUUUAAUUUUAUAAAAAUAAAUUGUUAAAUUCAUCUCGAAACUGCGUUUACGAUUUUAUUUUUAAGACAUGAUUUUUCUUGUAUAUUCAUACGUUGUUGUUUGACAAUAUUGAGAUUGUGACAGUUAAAUCCUUUUACAAAAAGUAAAAUUUUAUAAUUCAUCAGAAUUGUAA